CAUUAAAAAAGAAUUAAUAGUAGUAAGAGAAUAUGGUGAGAAAUACAUGUGGUGAGAAAAACGGAUUGAGAAAAGGCAAGUGGACUCCUGAAGAAGACAACAAGUUAAUUGCUUAUGUAACUAGAUAUGGCUCUUGGAAUUGGCGACAACUACCUAAAUUUGCAGGUCUUGAAAGGUGUGGAAAGAGUUGUAGACUAAGGUGGUUGAACUAUUUAAGACCAGAUCUCAAAAGAGGGAACUUUACUCAACAAGAAGAAGAGACUAUCAUCAAGCUUCAUGAAAAACUGGGUAAUAGAUGGAGAGUGAUUGCUGCAAAUUUACCAGGGAGAACAGAUAACAAGAUAAAGAAUCAUUGGCACACCAACUUGAAAAAGCGUUUUAUAAAAAAUAAAAAGCCAGACACUAAACAUGAAACAGGAACCUCCAAAGACACAAAUUCAAAUAAUCACCCUACAAUGGAAGAAGCCAAGAAACUUGAAGGAGCAUUAGAAAACAAUAGUGUUCCAAAUAAUACAAAUCCAGUGUCUUCAACCCCAUCUUCAAGUGGAUUCUCUUCCAUAACAAUGGAUACUGCAGCAAAGCUUCCUUUUAUGGAUGCAUACGUGGAUGUUUUCAGUGAUAGUUUCUGGACAGAACCAUAUAUGAUGGACAAUUCAUAUGUCCCUCCAAAUGAAGAAACUACAUUAUUAUCUGUCUGGUGUGAAAAUCAAUACUUCAAUCAUGUGUACGAUGAACAACUUUGGAGCCAUGGACAAUAAAUCAUUAUAGUAUGUCGGGGUUUGCAUUACUUUUUUGGUAAUGCCGUUUAGUUAAUAA